UUUCAAACUGUUAACGAGCUGAAGGUAUAUAAUAUUUUAUAAAAAAAAAAAACACAAAAAUGUACAUUUAUAUAUUGCUUUGUUUGAUACAAACGUUUUCACUGCAAACUUCAGCUCAGCAACUACCCAGCGACUGCACGACCACAACACCGGGCCGCAACGUCGAAAUACUGAAAAUCCCAACAACGAACGGCGUUGAUAUCUUCGAGGUCUAUUGCGAGCUGGGCGAUCUCGAUGAAAAACCUUGGUUGGUCGUCUUCUUACGUAAAAAGCACAAAUACGAGUAUGGCAGAUGGCAGGACUAUACACAAGGUUACCAUACGCUUAGCGGUAAUUAUUUCAUCGGCUUGCAACGACUGCAUGCGAUCACAAAUCGGCAGCCGCAUGAGCUAAUAGUGCAGCUAAUACUGAGCGACGGCAUGCAGCACUAUAUGCACUUUGCGGACUUUGCCAUCGGCAAUGAAUCCAAUAUUUAUGGUGUCUCAAAGUUAGGGAAAUAUGUGGGUACUCAGCAAAUGGUGGAAUCCAGCGAAUGGUUACCCUGGCAGAUGAAGUCUAUUGAAACGAUAGCACGUAUGAAAAUCAGUAUUAAACCAGUAGAUAAAAAUGCAACGAGAGCAGACAAACAGAAACUAAAGAGUAUUGAAAAAAUCAAGCGACGAGUGAAAGCUUUAAGCGGCAUCACGAAGGUGCGGUGAAACCGAUAUGUAGGCAAAUAAAACAUUAAAGCAAAUGACUGCUCAUUCGAGCUGAUAAAUGGUCAACAAUCAAGUGUAAGUAACGGGGUAACACAAUUUCGGCUGAAAUCGAUACGAAUUUAUCUAGCCAACAAUAUAUAUAGAGCAAAGAAAUAUAUAAUAUAUAUGUAUGUGAAAAUGUGUCAGUGUGUCUCCUUUGGAAGUGUCCGGUCGCAAGGCGAUCGAUGAAAGUGUAAAUAGUGGGAAAAAAGCAAAAAAAAGGAAAAUUGCUGGCGUUUGUCAAUGAACGGAAGUGGCUUAUAAUAUAUAACGGUAACAUAUAUGUAGGUUUGUAUAUAGAAUACAUGCUACACCCGACCACUAUAGCCGAAAAUGGACUAAAACGUGUUUAUAUUUUCCUUACUGUAUUAGCUGCGCUAGACAGAACCAACCGCUAUAGGGUCGCGGCUGCAGCAGGAAAUGGCGGCGGUAUAUUUUGUGUGUAUUUGUAUUGUAGUGAAAACAACAAAAAGCGAGAUUUAUCACCGUAAAUACAAAACAAAUGCCACUGGUAUGAAUAAUAAAUCACUUGUGAAAGAAAAAUAGCGUUAAAUGAAAUGCGCCUACAAAUAUGUUGAGCAAAUCUAUAUACAUGUAGACGUAUGGACGAUAUCUACUAGUCUGGGUAUGUGUUUGUGUGAAGAAUUAAAGUUUACUUAUGGAAAAUAAAUACCACAAUAACAUGUUUGUUUGAACUUUCAGAUCUCUUAUGGGUCAUAUAGUUUGAUAGUUUUUGUUAUACUGAGACUGCAUGCGAACGAAUUAUUGAACGUGAACCGGGUUAGGCGUCAAUAUGAUUUUUUUUAUUUAAUGAAAACAUGUAUAAGAAUCUUUUUUAUUAAAAAGCUUUUCGAAUAUAAAAAAGUCUUUCAGAAUAUGUCUUCCAGAAUAUGACUUUUUUAUAUUCGUAAAGCUCAAGUGCGUUCUAAUCAAUUUUUUUAAAUUUUUAUG